AUGGAACAGGAAAUAAAAUGUUCAGUUUGUAAUCAAAUACAGAUAUACCCCACAAUUUUGCCAUGCUGCUACAGUUCGGUGUGUUUUAGUCAUAUUGGAAAUUCAUGCCCAUUAUGUAAUAUCAGCAUAUCACAGUCCGAAACCACACAUAACUGAAUUUUGCUUGCUUUGGAGGAAACUUCAGAUCCUUUGAAUUGUGAAAGAUGCACUACAAGACCUGCAAAAACUAGCUGUGAAACAUGCAAAAUAUUACUGUGCAGUGAGUGCUAUAGCUAUAUUCAUUCUUUAGGAGCAUAUAAAUCACAUUCGCAAGCACCUAUUAAGCUAUCAAAAAUCACGAAUUUUAAUUACUGCGAAUUCCAUAACUUCUUUAAAAAAAUUAUUUUAAUUUUUGCUAGGAAAUUUAUUUUUUUUUAAAAAAAAUAAAAAAGAGUGUAACUCCCCCCCCAUCCUUGAUCGAACGGCUCGCUAUCGUUCGAUCAAGGAUGGGGUUAAAAAAAAUUUUUUUGGGAAAAAAAAAUUUUAUAUAUAAAAUAAAAAAUAUAUAUAUAUAUAUUUUUUUAUUUACUUUUAAAUAAGAGGGUUAAGAGUAUUUAAUAAUUAUUUUUACAGCAAAAAUCUGAAUUAAUUUCAUAAAACUACCAAUUUUUAAUAUUUUGAUUUAUGAAUUACCCCUUUAAACUUUAUAAAUUUUAAUUUGUUCCUUAUUGAAUUAAAAAAAUUUUUUUUUUAAAAAAAAUUUUAAAGAAAUCUCUAUUUUAUUAGAUUAUUGAGGUUUUAAGCCUAGGUUGAUGACUAAAUCACUUCGAAUGGUUGAUUCCGUAGCGUUUUGUCGUCUCAAAGUCUCUGAAAACAACUUCAUUAUGUACAUCUUCCCAAGCUUCUGAUAACUAAUAUAGUUUUAUAUAUAUAAAAAUUUGCAUAAUAUGAAAAUCGUUCGAUCAAGGAUGGGGGGGAGUAAGGGAAAAUUUGGCUUAUUUUUGUACAGAAGAUUGAAAAUCAAUAUGCAAAUACUGCUUAUCUAUGCAUAGUAGCCACCCAAUAUUAAAAAUUGAAGACGCUUUUUCAGAGACUUUGCAUGAAAUUAAAAGCAAACAAAAUAAAUUAGAAAAACUCCGAAAAAAACUUAUUUUUGAACUAAAUGAUAUUGAAGUUUUAGAGCCUGACAUAGAAUACGCUAAAAAUGAAGCGAUAAAUAAAAUAAAAGAAGCUUUUAAAAUAGCUAAACGCGCAAUUGAGCUAAAAGAAGAAGAAUGCAUAGACGAAAUCAAUAAUUUUAACGAAAAAAAAAUCCAGCAGCUUAAUUUCAAUCGAGAAGAAAUUAAUGGAAAAUUAUUAAGCAUCAACGCUGCAGUAAAAUUAAUAGAAACUGCAGUCGAGCUCCCAAAAAGUGCUAUGCUUGAAAGCCUUAAAUAUUUAAGUAAAAUGAUUGACCAUUCUUUGUCAGUCUCUGAAUCUCAUAUGAGCAGUGUAGAUGCCCAGUUUCAAAGCAUUGAUAUAUCAGCGAUUUUAAAAGGAAUAAAUUCAGGGAAUUUUUUUGAAAUAAAUAAUUCUCCUGCUCAGGACCGAUAUUCCAGCUUCCCAUCUCCACAACCUUCAUUAAAUAAUACUCAGUCUCCGCUAAAUUCUAUUUCAAACUACAGAAGAAGCAAUAUUUCUAGCCCAAAUCCUUUUUCAUAUGUAGGAAAUAACACAAAUACAGAUCUUACUAAUUCCGACCCGUCAGAGCCUAGGAAAUUUAUAUUGAAACAGCAAACUUCUUCAGAAAUCAAGCUUUCCUGGACUUAUACUUCAGGAAAAAGCAUUUAUUCAUUAGAAUAUGGCGUUGGAAGCAAAGUCCGUGGCGUUGAACAAUUUCGACAGGUAUAUAAAGGAGAAGCCCACACUUGUAUUAUAACUGAUCUUCUCCCAAAAACCACCUAUAGGUUUCGAGUAGCUGCUAUAUCAGAAGAAGAUACUAAACAAAGCCCAUGAAGCGAAAUUACCUCAGUUUCCACCUUUGACUUGCAAGACAUUGAUGAAAAUAUCUGUAAAAAUCUUGCAAUAAUCAAUAAACGUGGAGAUGAAAAAUGAGUCCAGUUCGAAAGGGCUGGGAUUAUUCUUGCCCAGUACCCUUAUUAUUUUGGAAAGCACAUAUGGAAAAUCAAGGUAAUUUCUAAUGCAAUUUUUUCUACAGACGAAAAAUCUGGACAAUUAAAAAUUGGAGUGUCUUCGCCUAACUUCCACCCUUUAGUAGGGGGAAAAUAUUUUCUGACUGUAGGAGUUAAAGUUUUAUCAUUCAAUGUGACUAAAAUGAAAUAUAAAAAUAAAAUUUAUGCUUUAAAAAUGUAGCUAUAUAAAUUAAGAGAAUUAUUAAUCGUUAUUUAUAUGCCAAAUAUUUUAUAUUAUAUUUAAAAAAAAAUUACCUCAUGAAGAGGGGUAUGACUUUCUCAAUGCUUUAUAUUCUCUUAGAAUUGGGAGUAAGCAUAAAAAUAUUGUAGGGUGUUUGUAUUCUUAUGGGCUUGGCAAAGGCAUUUCAAAGCUGUGUGUUGUUUUAGACAUUGAAGCAGGGACAUUAAAAAUUAUUUCAGGUGAAAAUCAAGAGGGGGAAAGUUUUACUAUUGAAGGUCCACAGAUACCAGCUAUCCAGUAUAGGCCAGCUAGAAAUUCAAGAAAUAAUGUAAAGGUGAUGAUAAAGUUUGACGAAAAAGAUGACAAUAUAUAUUAA